CGCGCAAUCAAUCCAUAAAAACCGCACAUCAAAACCCGACCAAACCCCAAGGCUACUUCCACUUCCAGCUUCGAAAAUGUCGACGAUGACCACCAUCAUGCUAAUGCCACCCAAAGCCACUUCGCUUCAACACUUCAACUUCAAACCUUCCACAUUACGCUCAAGGUCGUCGCCUACCAAGUCUUCCUAUCCGACGGUCAGAAUGCAGACGCGGUUUCACCGUCUGAUUGAGGACCAAGGCAUCGUUCUAAUGCCUGGCUGCUAUGACGCUCUUUCGGCUGCCAUUGUUCAGCAGUCUGGUUUCACAGCUGGCUUCAUCUCUGGAUAUGCUCUCUCUGCUUCUCUCCUUGGGAAACCUGACUUCGGCUUGCUCACGCCACCGGAGAUGGCGGCGACGGCUAGAACGGUUUGUGCGGCGGCUCCGAUGAUACCCAUUAUUGCAGACGCUGAUACUGGUGGUGGCAAUGCUCUUAAUGUUCAAAGGACUGUCAGGGAUUUGAUUGCAGCUGGUGCUGCUGGUUGCUUUCUUGAGGAUCAAGCAUGGCCAAAGAAGUGUGGGCAUAUGCGUGGCAAGCAGGUUAUACCUGCAGAGGAGCAUGCUGCAAAAAUUGCAUCCGCAAGAGAUGCCAUUGGAGAUUCAGACUUUUUCUUAGUGGCUAGAACUGAUGCACGUGCUACAUCAGCAAAAACCGGCCUUUCUGAUGCCAUCGCGAGAGCUAAUCUUUACAUGGAGGCAGGAGCAGAUGCUUGCUUUGUGGAGGCACCGAGGAACGAUGACGAGCUUAAGGAGAUUGGAAGCCAUACAAAAGGUUACAGAGUUUGUAAUAUGAUUGAAGGUGGGGUCACACCCUUGCACACGCCUGAGGAGCUUAGAGCAAUGGGGUUUCAUUUGAUUGUGCAUCCACUCACCGCCCUCUAUGCUUCAGCUCGUGCAUUGGUGGACGUCCUCAGGACCCUGAAAGAAAACGGAACUACCAGAGAUCACCUUCACAAGAUGGCUACAUUCAAAGAAUUUAACCAACUAGUCAAGUUGGACUCGUGGUUUGAACUCGAAGCACGCUAUUCAAAUCAGAAGAGUCCCAUGAGAGUAAAAUCAUAAGGAAGGGAGAAAUCUGUAGGAUUUUUUUUUUUCCUUUUUACCAAUAAAAGGGAGGAAUUAGUCUUUACCAAGAAAAGGGACAAUGCAAGUUUUGGGAACUAGAUUUCAUCAUUCUUUGAAGAACUUGUAUGAAAAUUCAUGUGCUUCGUUUAGUAUCCGAGCUACCGGCAUGUGUUCAACAGUGCUGAAAAUAAUUAUGCAUCUUGAUCAUGAUUUGGAGACAAA